AUGUUUACGAGUGUAUUGGUUAUUGUAACGAGUAUUUUGGCACUCACUUGGAUUUUUACUUAUUUCUUCGGUAGUAAUGCGAAAUUGAAGAAAUUGGCAUCGCGUUUUCCUGGACCAUCAAGCAUCCCAAUUGUGGGAAAUGCUUAUCUUCUUAUUGGAAAUACUGAAGAUGACACAAAUACAAGAAAACCAUUCCUGGAUUUGAUGAUGACCGAUAAUAAGUUAUCUGACGCUGAAAUUCGCGAAGAAGUGGCCACAAUAAUGUUUGCAGGUUUCGAUACAAGCGCAGGCACCCUCGCUUUUGUAUUAUUGAUGUUAGCUUCUCAUCCGGACAUACAGGAAGAAGUUUACGAGGAAAUUUAUCAGAUUUAUGGGCCAGAGGACCCAAAAGAUGUUCCUGUUAUACCUGAAGAUUUGCCGAAGUUAAUCAUUCUGGAAAGAGUGAUCAAAGAAACUAUGAGACUUUUUCCUAUUGCUCCUUUCGUUGCGCGCCACGCGGAUGACAAUCUUGACUUAGGAGGUUUUACUUUACCUAAAGAUUGCAUUCCGGUUAUCUCAAUACUUCCAAUCCAUCGGAAUGAAAAAUACUGGCCUGAUCCUCUGAAAUUUGAUCCGGAUAGAUUUUUACCAGAAGAAGUGACCAAACGACAUCCUGAUUGUUAUCUUCCAUUUAGUAGUGGUCCCAGGAACUGUAUAGUAUUACUCAAUUUCAUGAUGCAUCAAUGUGAAGUUUAUCCGUCCCCAUUUCGAUUUUGGUUGCUUAAUAAGUUACUCAUCUUUACCUCGGAUGCUGACCAAAUCAAAAUAAUUUUUCGUAGUAAACAGACUGCCGACAAAGCCAGUCUCUAUAAUAUUGCUAAGCCUUGGGUUGGAGAAGGAUUAAUAACAUCAUCAGGCUCAACAUGGCACGGUCGACGGAAAUUAAUCCAACCUACUUUUCAUCACAAAAUUCUUAACUCUUUUAUCGAAACUUUUCAAACUCAAUCGAUAGUAUUGACCAAUGAGAUAGCAAGCCAUGUUGAUAGAAAAGAAUUCGAUGUAUCAGAAAUAGUCGCCUUUAGAACAUUAAAUUUUAUCUGUGAAACUACAAUGGGAACAUCAAUAAUGACGAAUUACGAAACAAGCAAGAAAUAUUUCGAAUCAAUCAAAAUUGUGAUGCAAGUCUUUGUGGAUAGAUCGGUCAAAAUUUGGUUAAACCCUGACAUCAUUUUCAAUCGGACAAAGUUAUCAAAAGAGUUUUAUUCAUCAAUAAAAUACAUGCAUGACGUUUCGAAUGAAGUUAUCCGAAAUAGAAGGAAAGAAAUGGAUAAGAGAGGAAUUGAAACAGAUGACACAAAUAAAAGACAACCUUUUCUGGAUUUGAUGAUUGCCGAUAAUAAAUUAUCUGAUGCUGAAAUUCGAGAAGAAGUGGACACAAUCAUGUUUGCAGGAUUCGAUACCAGCGCAGGCACUAUUUGUUUCGUAUUAUUGAUGUUAGCUUCUCAUCCUAAUAUACAGGAGCAAGUAUACGAGGAAAUUUACCAGAUUUAUGGGUCAGAGGACCCAGAAGACGUUCCUGUUAAACCUGAAGAUUUACCAAAGUUAAUUACUCUUGAAAGAGUAAUUAAAGAAACAAUGAGACUUUUUCCUAUUGUUCCUUUUUUUGCGCGUCGGGUGGAUGAAGAUCUUGUCUUAGGAGAUUAUACUUUACCAAAAGAUAGCAUACCAAUUGUCUCAAUACUUCCACUUCAUCGUAAUGAAAAAUACUGGCCUGAUCCUCUGAAAUUUGAUCCUGAUAGAUUUUUACCAGAAGAAGUGGCCAAGCGACAUCCUGAUUGUUAUUAUCCAUUUAGUGGUGGUCCCAGGAAUUGUAUAGGACAAGUUUAUGCUAUGAUGUCAAUGAAGGUCCUUUUGACAACACUUCUGCGAAAAUAUAUUUUGAAGAAGGAUAAUAUAAAACCAGUUAAAGAUAUCCGACUGAAAUACGAAAUCCUGCUGAGAUCUGCUGAGCCCAUUACUAUGAGAAUCGAAAAAAGAGUAAAAAAUAAUAAUAAAAUAAUUGAUACACGAGAAAGUGUCCAAACUUGUAUAGAAUAG